CCAGACGAAGUUGAGAUUGUGCCGGACGGUCAGCGAAGCCGCAGUGCCUCGCGAGUGAGCGUAAACGAUCGACCGCUCACCCCCGGAGGCACGCCCGUCCCAAAGAUGGUCGUGGAGAGGGUGGAUGACCAGCCCGCCCACGGUGAAGUGCCCGGAACGCUUGCCUUUGACCAGCGCCGCGCCGAUGCUGCGCCUGAUGUCAUUGUCAAGGUGCCUGAGCCCCCCAAGCGGGACAACCUAGGUACGAUCGCCAACAACCUCCAUUGACAGGUCCCCAAUGAACGGCGACGAAGACAAAGUCGACCGUGACGACGGCGACGGCGAAGACAAAGUCGACAGUGACGACGACGACGACGACGACAACGACGACGACAACGACGACGACAACGACGACGACAACGACGACGACGACGACGACGAUGGUUUCGGCGAGUUUGACGAAUUCGAAGAGGGCGGCGAAGGCGACGACGACUUUGGGGACUUCGACGAUGGGUUUCAGCAAGGCGAGGAACAGGCAGAGACUACAUUUGACAGCCCCCAAAAUCAAAAUCCCGUACCCGCCCCUCCACAAACACCACCAGGCCCCCCUGUUCUCGACUUUGCCCAACUCACCUCCCUGGAUGCCAUCCAUGAAGCAACACAGCCCUACCUCGACGGAAUAUACCCUGCCCCGCAAGACGUUCCCAGCAUAUCCAUCAGCGAAGACACUCGGUCAAUCUUCCACUCUGAGCGAAGCCAUUCGCUAUGGACACAACUAGUGGCGCCCCCACCCCUACAACCGCCUGACUGGGUCAGGUCGAGGAUACGGCGGCUGUUCCUUGUCUCGCUUGGGGUACCGGUCGAUCUCGACGAGAUCUUGCCUGCAUCGAAACAGAAGAAGCUCAUCCUUCCCUCCAUCAACAUCCCCGGCGACAGGUCCCCCCGUCCGUCAUCCGAUGGCCGCAGCAAUGCGCUUGACCGCGUCAAGAAGGAGAAUACUUCAAACACAUCCGUCGACUCGUCAAAGUCAAAGUCAGAACGGCCACGGAAAGGACGGCCCCCGCCUCCAGAGCUGGAUCUCAGUGCAACCUCGAUGCUGUGCGCAACGACCGAGGCAGCGUUGCUAAACUUGACAGACGACGAGUUGGAAAAACACGUCGAAAACCUAAAGGGCCUGCGGACACGAGCAGAGCAGGUGUUUGAGUACUGGCAGAAACAGCUGGAAAGCGCACUGGGCGACAAAGACGCCUUCGAGCAGGUCAUCGAGAGCUUGGUGGCGCACGCGAAGAAGCUCAGAUAGCGUCGGUCGUAGCAGUAAACUAGUAGUAAUGCAUAAUCUCAACAUCGCCAUUGACUGCAGGGUAUCGAGCAUGACGACGCGCAAGCUUGGAGUGCAGGCUCACACGUCCCAGGAAUUGUUCAUCCGCUCACGUCCCAGGAAUUGUUCAUCCGCUCACGUCUCAGGAAUUGUUCAUCCGCUCACGUCCCAGGAAUUAGUCAUCCGCUCACGUCUCAGGAAUUAGUCAUCCGCUCACGUCCCAGGAAUGAUUCAUCCGCUCACGUCCCAGGAAUGAUUCAUCCGCUCACGUCUCAGGAAUGAUCCAUCCGCUCCUCGCACCCUGCGAAAGCGC